GAACCCUCGGUGCGGGAGGCGGCGGAGAGAGCGCUCCGGCUGUCCCGGAGACACCGCCGGGCACGAUCAGGAAGAGGACCAGGAUCAGCAGGACCAGGAUCAGCAGGAGCAGGAUCAGGAGGAGCAGGAGCAGGAGCAGGAUCAGGAGGAGCAGGAGCAGGAGCAGUAGAGGGAGUAAAGACCUGAAGAAAUCCCAGAGGAUGGCUUCUGAUGCCAGUCAUAUGCUGGAAGCAGCUUUGGAGCAAAUGGAUGACAUCAUUGCAGGCACAAAGUCAGCCACAGAUUAUGCUAAUGGUGGUUAUGAUAUUGUGUCACCUGCUCCAUCAGUGUACCUGGGCACAUUUCAAAUUUUGCACCUCCUGGAGGAUCUGAAGAUGGCCCUGGAGAUGCUGGAGGACCCUCAGGAGAAAGAAGCUCUGCGAAACCAAAUCCCAGGGGCCACAGCACUGUGUCUGAGGGAGUGGUUUGAGGAGAACCUGUCACAGGUGAACCAUCAUUCAUCCAACAAUGAAACUUAUCAAGAAAGGUUGGCACGAUUAGAAGGUGAUAAAGAGUCGCUUAUCCUGCAGGUGAGUGUUCUCACAGACCAGGUGGAAGCUCAAGGAGAGAAAAUCCGGGACUUAGAAAUCUGUCUUGAGGGGCAUCAGCUGAAGCUGAAUGCUACAGAAGAAAUGCUCCAACAGGAGCUGCUAAGUCGCACAUCGCUCGAGACUCAGAAGUUGGAUCUGAUGGCUGAAGUUUCAGACCUGAAGAUUAAGCUGGUUGGUAUGGAAAAGGAGCAGAGUGAAUAUGAAGAGAAACAGAACAAAGCCGAGGGUUUGUUACAGGAACUCAGACACCUCAAAAUUAAAGUGGAAGAACUGGAAAACGAAAGAAAUCAGUAUGAGUGGAAAUUGAAAGCAACUAAAGCUGAGAUAGCCCAGCUCCAGGAGCAGCUGGCUCUCAAAGAUGCAGAGAUAGAACGCUUGCAAAGUCAGCUCUCCAGAACCUCCUCGUACACUGAAGUGGCAGAAAGAGAGGAAGUUUAUAGGAGAAGGCUAAAAGAAAAACACCAAGAAGUUCAGCGGUUGAAGAUAGGAAUGGAGACAUUAUUGGCUGCAAAUGAAGAAAAGGACCGUCGGAUAGAGGAGCUGACACUACUGCUAAGCCAGUACAGGAGGGUCAAGGACAUAAUGAUUGCAGCUCAUGGCUCUCCUGUCUCUGGUGGCAGUGAAGAGGAACUUGAGGCAACUUUAAGGAAGUGGAAUCUUUUUAAUAACUCUCAAGGAGAAUUACUGAAAACAGAGGCCUCUGCAGGAGAAUUGUCACCAGCUGUGCUCCCUCCAGUGCCACACAAAGCCGUGGAAAUCAGUGGAAGCAUUCCAGUACCUUCAAGUAAUUUAAACUCUCAGCAGGAAGAAUCGUUGGAAGUCACAAAUAGGGUUCCACAGAAAAAAAAGUCAAGUAGUUUAGAAGACCUGCAGAGCGAAUCCUUGGAAAAGUAUGUAGAUGGAAAACCAGCACAGCCUGUUGUAGAACAAGAGAGUAAGCCAGUGGGGAAAGGCAGCAAGUACCAAACGCUGCCAGGAAAGCUGCCCCGAGCCCUGCAGAACGGAGAGCAGGGAAUGUACAGCUCCCCAGAGGGGUGUGGCACGAGUGACAACGAUGACAACGGCGUCCCUGGCCUGAAUCGCGGCAGGAGUGUCAGUGCGCCUGUGCUAGGAGAAACAGAGAACAUGGAUGGCACAGUGGUCUCAGAUGACCUUUCACCUCUCUCUUCGGGAACGGAUUCAGGUCCACAAUCUCCGUGGUCUCCAGAAAACAGAAAAAGUCCAAAGGGGAUCAAGAAAAUCUGGGGAAAAAUCCGAAGAACUCAGUCAGGUAACUUCCCUGCAGACGACCUGGGCCUGGCAGAGUUUCGGAGGGGAGGUCUCCGGGCUACAGCUGGACCUCGCUUAUCCCGAUCCAAGGACACCAAAGGCCAGAAGAGCGACCACAAUGCCCCGUUUGCUCAGUGGAGCACUGAAAGAGUUUGUAACUGGCUUGAGGACUUCGGCCUGGGCCAGUACGUGAUUUUUGCCCGGCAGUGGGUGACGUCAGGCCACACGCUGUUAACUGCCACACCUCAGGACAUGGAGAAGGAAAUGGGAAUAAAGCAUCCACUGCAUAGGAAGAAAUUGGUUUUGGCCAUUAAAGCUAUAAAUGCAAAACAAGACGAGAAGUCUGCACAACUUGAUCAUAUCUGGGUGACACGGUGGCUCGAUGACAUUGGCUUACCCCAGUAUAAAGACCAGUUUCAUGAAUCCAGAGUAGAUGGGAGGAUGUUGCAGUACUUAACCGUGAAUGAUCUUCUCUUCCUGAAAGUCACCAGUCAGCUGCAUCACCUGAGUAUUAAAUGUGCCAUUCAUGUGCUGCACGUCAAUGGCUUCAAUCCCCACUGCCUGCGCAGGCGGCCAGUUGAGGAGAACAACGUGUCUCCUUCCGACGUGGUGCAGUGGUCCAACCACAGGGUGAUGGAAUGGCUCAGAUCAGUGGAUUUGGCAGAAUAUGCACCCAACCUUCGAGGCAGCGGAGUGCACGGGGGCCUGAUCAUUCUGGAACCCCGCUUCAAUGGUGACGCGCUGGCCAUGCUCCUGAAUAUCCCACCCCAAAAGACCCUCCUGCGCCGCCACCUCACCACCAAUUUUAACGUCCUAAUUGGGCCAGAGGCACAACAAGAAAAAAGAGAAACCAUGGAGUCAGCAGCAUACACACCUCUGACCACCACUGCCAAAGUUCGGCCAAAGAAACUUGGAUUUUCGCAUUUUGGAAACUUAAGGAAAAAGAAGUUUGACGAAUCAACAGACUACAUUUGUCCUGUGGAUACAAGCCCAGCUGCUACGAAUGGUACUUCGAAAAACUACGGUGGCUACAAAGGACUUAGUCCUUUCACUGACAGGGAACUGGAUCAGAUGGAACACUCAGAAGGCACAGUAAUGCAAAUAGGGGCUCUUUCCCAAGGCAUAACCCACCUCACGACACUGCUGAGCCAGGAUGAAAUGCUGAAUGACAGCAGGUUUUUAACACCAACCUUUGAAGACUGGAGAUGAUGCUUCAGCAUGACCAAGAUUGCUACUCGUACCUCACGCCUGCAGGAGUGGCCAGGAGCAGCUGGAUGCUGUGGAGCAGGAAAGCUUUACCUCUUUUCUGCCACUGCCACCUCCCACCUAGCAUUUCCUACCGUCAGUGUAGCCACACCUUACAGGUAACUCUCCUCUGUGCUGUUUUCCCACAUCAUGAAAUAGGAAACAGGUGUUGGGAGAGGAGUGGGACUCAUAUCCAGAGUCUGGAAAGCAAAGACUGGCAGUGCUUUGUCCUUUUAUUCAGUUAACUUUUACAUGCCAUGUUGAUGUACUGUUACGUGAAAGACCUUUUGUAAUUUUUUAUUUUUAUAAUUAACUCCUGGUGCAGGAAUCAUUAAUACAUAAUUGUAUCACAGGGGCUAAAUCAGAGCCACCUGGAAUUCAGCUGGAGGCUGGUGAGAGCAGCAGUAAUGGCUCACUCACCACUCCUGUGGUCUUGCCAGACUGGUCCCCAGGAAGGAUUUCAAUCCCUUCUCCCUUUCACUGGCACCUGUCCUGCCCUCUUUUUAUCCAAGUCAGUGUGCUGUGGGAUGGGAAGAAUGGAACACAGUACUGUCCAUCAAGCCCUUGCUUUUAUUAGGAUGACAAGCUGCCAUGUUCACAAAUCUUUACCUGAGGCAAAAACAACUGCAGCAGUGAAUGUAACUCUGAGACUACCAGGAAAGUACCAGAAAAAAACACAGAUUUGUUUCUUUAAAACACCUGACAAAAUCUGUUGCUGCUGUACUGGGCUAGAGAGGACUGCAUCAGAGGGAAAUAUGGCCUCUCACUUUUUGAGGGGCUGAGGGUGAAGUUGUCACCUUUACAGCACUUGUGGCAUUUGUUUAGUUUACAUGUACAUCUCCUGUAUUAAUGAGCUAUUAAAAAGCUCUCUUAGUAAACAGAUAAAUGCCAGAAAAAAAUCUCCUUAAUUGUAAUGAAAAGUACUCUGUACAGGGCUGGUGUGCAUUGCUCUCUCCUUGCUGGCUGCAGGUGUUGCUUUAGAUUCCAAUAUAGCCUGAGGGCAGGUCACUGCCAGCCACAACCCUCCCAAAGAAAGAGGGAAGCUCCAGGGCUGGCCACAGGAUGCAGCCAAGGGCUCUUUGAGAACUACCUGGGGUGCUUUUUACAGAUAAUCUACCCUGGUCCUCACUUCACCAGUCUCUCAUGACAGACCUUGCACUGUAUGGUCAGGUGUAAGAAGAUAAACACAUUAUUUACACAGUGGUAAAAUCAAGGCAAAUUCUUUUCAAUCACUGCAAACUGAAAAAAAAAAAUGCGAAUUCAGAAGAAUGAGAAAUAAGUCUACACAUCAGCAAAGUACUAAUGUUUAAUGUUUAAUAAAAGGUGUUAAAUGUACCGGUCUGGCAAUGCAGUCAGGUACCAUGGGCAUUUGAAAUACUUUGUCAGGUCAAUUAGCCAACAGACUUAUUACAGCACUGCAAAUGGGAUUGGCUGCUCCAGCUGCCCUGGGAUAGUCCAAACACAGUAUUUCCUGUUUUCUUUCAAUGCUGUAUUUACAACUCAGUGUGUUGUUGUGCUAACUUGGCUGUGAAUAGUCAAUCCACAAAACAAUUGAUUCUUCUUUUAAAUAUACGUAGUAAGAAAUCCUAGUUAGCAUAACACUGGUAUAAAUGCUUAUUUCUUGAAUGUUAUGAAUAAAUUCUGAAUGUUCCCCUCUC